UUGCCAAAGGCCACGGAAAGACUUCGUUCUUCCUGGAUCAAGUGGGGCGAAAUACUAUCUCUCCCCAGUUAGUCCCUGAUUGACCAGGAACAGUGAGGUCGGGUGCUACGAGUGAAUUCGCAGAAUGACUCCUUUUACAAGAGAACAGUCGUAAGUGUGGGGUUUACUUGUCAUUCCAUUCUUUUACUCCGCGUAAGUGAAAAUACUUUUAUCCUGAAGUAGUUUUAUAUUCUCCUUGUUGCUCAGCGGUUAAUAAUGCCAUAAACUACAAAACUUCUCUUUGAAUUAUAAAGUUAAGUCGUUGAAGCAUCAUCGCAGCAACUAUAUUAUUAUUUAUUUAUUCACAAUCGGCGUAGUGUUAACAAAAGGGGGGAACGAUCAAUUGAGCUCAUUUUCGCGGUAGGUCAUGUAGUUUUUUGGUUGAAUUUUAGCUAUGUAUGUGAGGUUUGGGGAGACGACGUUUAAAGUUUCUUAGAUAAAUAUACCUACCGGGAGGAGGAUCCGUCAUGUCGCAAAUGAAGAUAAGAGCGGCAAGUGCCAGUCAGUUGUGGAGAGGAGCAUCAGCGAGGUGCGCAGAGGAGACGCGCGUGUGGAAGCGAAGCGGCGUACGUGCACGCUCUAAUAAGGCGCUUACCUUGAACACUUUGAACCCCAACAUCGUCAAGCUGAAAUGUGCUGACCGAGGGCCUCUUGUUGAGCGAGCUGAGGUCUUAGAGAAAGAACUUGCCAUGGGUGCGCUGAAGCCGUUUAAGCAUGUGAUCAAGGCCAACAUUGGAGACGGACACGCGUUAGGCCAGCGGCCCAUCACGUAUCUCAGACAGGUGGUAGCGUGCGUAGCGUUCCCAGACUUGCUUACGAAGAGUCACAUCCCUGCCGACGUGAAGGAGCGCGCACAGCUUCUCCUCGAUUCCUGCGGCGGCAAAUCAAUGGGUUCAUACUCGGCGUCGCACGGGCUCGAAGUGAUUCGCCGCCACGUGGCGGAUUACAUCGAGGCCCGUGACAGCUGCCCCGCCGACUGGCGCAACGUGUGCCUCUCCGCUGGCGCCUCGCGAGCCAUCAAGCUGUGUCUGUCUAUGUUCUGUAACGACCUCGACGGGAAACCUUCCGGCGUGCUGGUACCGGUACCUCAGUACCCGAUGUACUCGGCCGCGCUGGCGGAGUUCGGGCUGGUGCAGGUGGACUACUUCCUCGACGAGGAGCGCAACUGGGGGCUGAAGGUGCCCGAGUUGCAGCGAGCCGUCGAGGAGGCCAGCAAGCGCUGCAACGUCCGGGCCAUCGUCGUCAUCAACCCCGGCAACCCUACUGGGCAGGUUUUGACGUAUGAGACCAUCAAGCGCGUCAUUCAUUUCUGCCGCGAGCACGGCCUGUUCAUCUUUGCAGACGAGGUGCACCAAGACAAUGUGUACGCGCCGGGAUGCAGGUUCCACUCCUUCAAGAAGGUACUCACGGAGAUGGGUUGCGAAUACAAGGAUCAGGAGUUGGCGUCAUUCAACUCUAUAUCGAAGGGCUACGUGUGCGAGGGCGGGCUCCGCGGCGGGUGGGUGGAACUGUGCAACGUGGACCCGGAGGUGCGGGCCAACCUGGACAAGGCCAUCAGCGUGUCGGUGUGCCCCACCACGCUGGGCCAGACUGCCGUCGACUGCGUGGUGAAGCCCCCGAUGCCUGGUGAGCCGUCGUACUGCAAGUGGAUCUUCGAGAAGAUAGCUGUGCAGGAAUCGUUGAAACAGAAAGCGCACAUGAUCGCCAGCACAUUCAACUCCAUGCCGGGGUUCCAGUGCAACAUUGUGCAGGGUGCGCUGUACGCGUUCCCAAGAAUCGUUCUCCCGCCGCGCGCCGUCGACGCAGCCGUGGAGGCCGGUAUGACACCAGACGUCUUCUACGCCUGCAAACUGCUGGAAGAGGCUGGUGUCUGUGUAAUGCCGGGGUCCGGGUUCGGUCAACGUCCAGACACGUACCACUUCCGGACCACCAUUCUGCCGCAACACCAACUGCUCAUGGAGAUGCUCGAUGUCUUCAGGAAAUUCCACAACAAAUUCAUAAAGGAAUACUGUUAAGACACCCGUCGUCAUAAUAAAUUAUUGGUUUUUU